AGCGUCUCUAUCUUCCUGGCAAACGGUCGUAAGGCGUCGGUGGCGUCAAAGCGAGCUCAGGCAUCCUCGUCGAGUCAAGCGGCCACCGGAGGUCGUCGACGACGAAGGAAAAUGCCCGAGGACGGCGGCGGGGCGAAGGGCGUCACUCUCACGGCGAAGGUCUUCGACACUCUGAAAAAACGGACGAAAUUUUCUAGGCCGGAACUUGAGGCGCUCUGCAAGAUCUAUUGCAAGCUGAUAACAAGUCCAGGUCAACACGCGGGGCCCACGACGAUAAUAAACGGAAUGCCCUCAACGGCGCAGACUAUCGAGGGCAUAGACAGGAUCAUAUUUCGGGAAUUGAUGCACAACACUUUCGACAUCCUAACGGAGGAUACUCUGAUCGAGCGAAUGUUUUGCUGCUGGGAUCGAGACAGUGAGGGAGCCAUUCGCCUUGAAGCCUGGAUCCUUGGACUCGACGUAUUCCUGCGCGGUACUCAAAGAGAGAAGCUAGAGUUCUGCUUCCGUGUUUACGACCUCAACAACGACGGGUACAUCACCAAGGACGAGAUGUUCCAAUUGCUCAAAAACUGCCUGAUCAAACAACCCAGCGAAGAAGAUCCUGACGAAGGAGUCAGGGACCUGUCAGAGCUCGCUCUUAGGAAACUGGACGUUGAUCGCGACGGGAAAGUCUCAUUCCAGGACUAUGAAACCGCGAUAAGGGAAGAACCUCUGCUGCUCGAAGCCUUUGGUCAAUGUCUACCGACGGAAGAAAACUGUGUUAGUUUUCUGUCGACUCUACAGCCUUGAAGUACAAAAAGCAUUCGAUGCUGAAAAGUCCUUCGAAUUCUUCGUUCUCAUGGAGCGAGAUUGGAUAUAUUUUAAGUGGUUGAAAUACCACAAUUUUGGAAGACUCUCGAUAAA